AUGGGAAAGACAUUCAAGAAUAUCCACGCUUGUGCCAUUGGCAGGUUCCCUGUCAACGGAGAUAAGAUCCCACAGUGGAUAUUGGCCCAUGGAGGGACCUUUUCGAAGGACGUCACCGAGGACGUUACGCACUUGAUUACCACGAGGGAGACCUUCGCAAAGAACGUCGAAGCAGGUAUGGCACCCAUUAUUCCCGUUUGCAACCGAGACUACGCAGUUACUAAGGUUGCCGUUGGAGCAGUUCAGAAAGCCAAGCGACUGGAAACAGUCAAGAUUGUAACAUAUGACUGGCUUGAGGACUCUUUGCAGUCCAAAACCCGUAAGCCGAAACCCGAGGGAGCCUAUCUUUUGGCGAAAGACCCGAACAACGAGAAAAAGAAGCAGAGGCGAGCCGCAAAGGUCCGAAGAAGGCAGUUGAAGGCCAAGGAUAAGUCGUCGGGUAGGUAUGAUCAUAUAGCGCGGAUGCUUCAAGAUGGUGACUGUAGUCAAGGACCUGGAAACGAUUCGUCCACCCCAAGGCCUCGAACGCGCAAGGGAAAGGCGUUAACUGCAGGCUCCAAAUAUCAAGCGAACUAUCACGUCUAUGUUGACCUCGCCACUGGGGAGACAUACAGUGCUACAAUUUAUCGUCAAUUGCCUUGGAACCAUACACGCGAGAAAUUCCAGAUCAAGGUUCACGAGUCAAACGAUGUUCCUCACACUUAUGCGACGCAGGCCAAGUACAGUCGUACCGGGAAGUCCACGGACGAGAUUCUUGCGCCUCCCGGCAGUGACCAGGACGCUGCCAUGGCAGCAUUCACAGACUUCUUCGCGGCCAAGACAGGAAAGAAAUGGGAAAAUAGACUGGAUGGGAUUCCUAUGGCCCCGAAGCAGGACGUCGAUGGAAAGGAACUUCCGGCUCAUGCUGGCUGGUUCUACUAUGAAACCGGCAGAUCUCUUCUUUCAGACUUUCUUCGCCAGGGAGAGUCUCAAAGUUCUGCAAUGGGCCAGGGUGCCAUGCAAAUUGCUGUCAGCUCGAACAGUGAUGACCAUGGUCCUUUGAUGCCGCCGGAUAGUAAAGAUGGAUCUGUGGAUGAUCAGGCCGAGUCUCCGCCCAGAGUGUUUUGA